AUGCCGACGCCGCUGCUGCCAACAUGCUCCAAUAAUGGGCCAAACAGCGCUGCGCUUAGGAACCGGCUGCGGCUCGCUGCGCUGCUCACGGCCGCUGCGAUGCUGCUGGCGCUCUGCGCGACCCAGCGCUCGCAAAGUGCUGAGGAGCGGGCGCGGCUGGACCGCAUGCUGCGGACCGGGGUGCUGGAUGAGCAGGCGUGGCACCAGCACCUGUCGAUGACAGAUCUCCGUCCCGAGCCGGAGGGCUGGCCGGACAUCAACCGCGAGGUUGGCGUCUCGACGGAGGAGCUCGAACGAUUGCUGGGUAGCACAGAGAGAGAUUCGAGGGGCGGCGCGGCCGCCUACGAUACCUCUCAGUAUCAGUACCAGUGCGAGGAUGAGGACUCGCGUUGCGCCCGGUGGGCAAUGGGCGGCGAGUGCGAUCACAACCCGAGGUUUAUGAGGCAGCACUGCGCGUUGGCGUGCGGGUGCGAGAGCCCAUAG